AUGCCUCGACCCACAUCUACCAAUGCUCGGCGCAAGCCUGGAGAACCCAGCUUUGACGCGGUGCUGGACGCUCUCAUCGACGGCGACUGCGUGGAGAAGACGGGCGUCUCGGCGUGCUACGAGUGCCGCCGCAAGGGUCUCCCAUGCUACAAGGCCGUCUGCUCCCACUCGCACGAGACGCACAACGGCCGCGACAGGCGCGCAGUCCGCGCCCACCUCCAGGCCGCGUACACCUUUCUCGAGACGCUCGUCCUCGCUCCCAACCUCGAGACGGGCCGCGACCACGCCCUCAACGCUAUUGGCAAAGGUGCGGACAUGUUUGGCGGCGUCCACGCGAGCACCGACGACGCUGUGCGCCAGGACCUGACUGAAAACCUCGCCGUGCGCACGCAGUUUGAGGGCAGGGGACUCGAGGGCCUCAAGCACGUUCCCGCGUUCAGAAAGUUUACGCGUACGAGCAACACGUACAAGAACGCCCUCCAGGACGAGGCGUGGCGCAAGGCCAAGUCGCGCAACGGCUACGACAGCGACAUUGAAGAGAUCUUCCCACGUGGACGUGUCAUCGGCGGCGGCUACCGCGGCGUCGAGAUUGAAGAGAACGACGAGGAGAACCCAAUCGUCGUAUACCCGCAGGCCCGCUCGAACAUCAAGACAGAAACGGGCAGGGCUGAUCACUGGGAGGAUUGGUAG